AUGAAGUUCCCUCUGAGCGCCGGAUGUGUGAUAGUCGGAUUUCUGAGAGAAGCUUUUGGCUUCCCCUUUGACCCAGCACUGGAUGAAGCCUGGACUAGUUGGAAAUCAUUCCAUAGGAAGCUGUACCAAGAGGACAAUGUAAAUUACAGAAGAAUGGUUUGGGAGAAGAAUAUGAGAUACAUUGAACAACAUAACCUGGAGCAUUCAAUGGGGAAGCAUUCAUUUACUGUGGGGAUGAACCAGUUUGGUGAUCUGACUCCGGAGGAAUUCAAGCAACUUCGGUUGAAUGCAGACAGGAGAAAGGAAGUUGAGAACACAACUUGGAAAAUAUUUGCACCACAAGAAAAUGCUCAAUUGCCUCCACAUGUUGAUUGGCGGCCAAAGGGCUUUGUAACUCCAGUGAAGGAUCAGGGCCAGUGUGGUUCUUGCUGGGCAUUCAGCACAACUGGAGUACUGGAAGGACAGGUAUUUAACAAAACAGGAAAGCUCAUUUCCCUGAGUGAACAGUACCUGAUGGACUGUAGCAGAACUGUGGGAAAUGCAGGCUGUAAUGGUGGAUCUGUCAUGGCCAGCUUCGCAUUCAUAAAAGAACAAGGUAUUGCUUCCGAACAGUCUUAUCCGUACAUUGCAAAGAAUGGUGAUUGCAAGUUCGAACAGAGUGACAUUGUUGCCACUUGCAAGGGUGUCGUGCAGAUUCGGAAAGACUCUGAGGCGGAUUUGGCUGCAGCAGUGGCCACAGUUGGACCGAUUUCAGCUGGCAUUGACGCAGAGCACAGAUCCUUCAUGUUGUACAAAUCAGGAAUAUUUUUUGAGCCUCACUGCAGUACUGUGGACCUUGAUCAUGGAAUUGUGGUGGUCGGAUAUGGAAUGGAAAAUCAGAAGUCAUACUGGAUAGUAAAGAACAGCUGGGGAUCAAAUUGGGGCAAUAAAGGAUAUGUCCACAUGGCGAAGGACAUGGAUAACAACUGUGGGAUUGCUUCAAAUGCAGUUUAUCCUGAAGUGUGA